AUGUCAACGAGUGAGAGUAACUCUGAGCUUCUCCAAGCUCAAACUCAAAUUUGGAACCAUAUUUUCUCAUUUAUGAGUUCUUCAGCGUUAAGAUGUGCAGUUCAACUAGAAAUUCCUGAUAUUCUUUACAAACAUGGUAAGCCUAUGCAUCUUUCCGAUCUCUCUACUGAACUUUCCCUCAUAAUCGACCCUUCUAAGAUUUCCUUCUUACCAAAUUUAAUGCGAUUUUUGGUUCAUUCUGGUAUAAUAGAACAACAUGAUCAUGAUUACUAUUCUCUUACCCCUUCUAGUCGUUUUCUUGUGAAAGAUGAGCCCUUUAAUUUGAGAUCACUCGUGCUUCUCACCCAUGAUCCAUCUGUUCAAAAAGCAUGGUUUGAGUUAGGUAAUUGGUACAAAAAUGAUUUUCCCACCUCAUUUCAUACUGCUAAUGGAAAAUCUUUGUGGGAUUACCUUUCGAAAGAACCAAAAUUAGGUGAUAUUUUCAAUGAUGUAAUGGCUAGUGAGUCAGGAUUGAUUGUCAAUAUGCUUAUCACGGAGUGUAGACACAUUUUUGAGGGGUUGACAUCAUUGGUAGACGUUGGAGGUGGCACUGGCACUGUGGCGAUUGCCAUAGCCAAAGCUUUUCCUUCCAUAAAUUGCAUUGUACUUGAUCUUCCACAUGUUAUAGAGGACCUCAAGAGCAAUGGAAACAUGGAGUUUGUUGGAGGAGACAUGUUCCAAAAGAUUCCUAAUGCUAAUGCAAUCUUACUCAAGUGGAUUUUACAUAACUGGAAUGACGAAGAUUGUGUGAAGAUACUGAAAAAAUGCAAAGAGUCAAUUCCGAGUAGGGAUGAAGGAGGGAAAUUGAUCAUUAUUGACGUUGUGUUGGAAGAUCCAAAGAACACGAGUGACUAUGUUCGAGCACAACAUAAUAUGGAUAUGAUGAUGAUGGUUUGUUUUGCUGCUAAAGAGAGAACUAAGAAGGAAUGGGAAAAACUCUUCAAUGAAGCUGGUUUCAAUGAAUGCAAAAUAACAUCCAUUCUGGGUUCAAGAUCUCUGAUUGAAGUAUAUCCUUGA